AUGAGUUGUGGAGAAUUGAGAAACUUGAUGUCUCCAUCAGUGGCCAGUGGUGCUCGGAAUCUCCGAAUAAUAGAGAUAGGACGUUGUCCAUCAAUGGAAGAAGUGAUCACGGAAGAGAAACAACAAGGACAAGAAACCAAGCCCUUAUUUCCUCUCUUGGAAAAGCUGAAGCUUUAUAGUCUGCCUAAGCUAAGGCAUUUCUUUCUGACAAGGUGUGCUCUUGAAUUUCCAUGUCUCAUAGAAGUGAGGAUUGAUGAAUGCCCUAAAAUGAACACGUUUAUUCAACAGGGAAUAUCUGUGAGUACACCGAGUCUCAAAAGUGUGAACUUUGAUUAUAAGGAGGUGAAAGUAGAUGAUCUGAAUAAAUUGACACAACAAAGGUUCACUUCUAAGGAACAAGAAGCUAGUCAAGACACUACCGAUGGUGAGGAGUUGAACUCCAGAGAAUUGAAAGAGGGUGAGGUCAUGGCAGCUUUGAAGGAUGACGGGGUCACUAUGACUGGGAUAUGUAGUCUGGGUGGUGUUGGUAAGACAACACUUGCUGACAGAAUCAGACAAAAGGUGAUACAAGAAAGGUUGUUCGAAGAUGUCGUCAUGGUAACUGUCAGUGAACAACCAGACUUACAAAAGAUUCAGGAUGAGAUCGCAGAAGGACUAGAUUUGAAAUUGCAAGGGAAUGAUCAGGGGAUUCGUGGAGAUCAGCUGCGCACAAGGUUAAUGGAUCAGAACAGCCGCAAUCUUAUAAUCUUGGAUGAUGUUUGGGAGUCUCUUCAUGAUCUAGACAAACUUGGAAUUCCCAGUGGUAGCAACCACAACUACCUGUGCAAAGUGAUAUUGACGACGCGUCUCCGAGCCGUUUGUGAAGCAAUGGGAGCUCAGACGAUCAUGGAAGUUGGAAUAUUAUCUGAAGAGGAAGCAUGGUUCCUUUUCAAGGAGAAAGCUGGUGAUUCAGUAGACGAUCCUUCUAUUCAUGGCACAGCAAUAGAUGUUGCCAAAGAAUGCAAGGGGCUGCCGCUUGCAAUUGUAACAAUUGCAGGAGCAUUAAAUCGUAAAACCAAGCCUUCGUGGGAGGAUGCCCUUAAACAAUUACGUGGUGCAGAAACAAGAAAUACCCCUGGAGUGCCCACAAGUUUGUAUAGACCUCUGAGGCUAACCUAUGAACGCUUGGAAAGUAAUGAAGCCAAGUACCUCUUUUUGCUUUGUUCCUUGUUUGAGGAAGAAAAUGAUAUUUGUCCUGAAGAAUUAUUUAGAUAUGGAAUGGGGCUUCGCAUCUUUCCGGAAAUAAAAGAUUUACAAGAUGCAAGAAAUAGGGUGCGUUAUCUGUUAGAAACAUUGGAAUAUUAUUUCUUGUUAUCCCAAGGUUCCAACAGAAACUAUGUCAAAAUGCGUGAUGUGGCUAAAUAUAUUGCGUCUGAGGGAAAGCAUAUAUUUAUGGUAAGUCACGAUGUGUACUCAGAAGAGUUCCCAAGAAGAAACUCUUACGAGAAAUACAAUCACAUGUCAAUUGUCGCAAAUAAAUUUGAUGAGCUUCCUAGCCCAAUAUUUUGCCCCAAACUGAAGCUUCUAAUGUUGAAACUCUGUUUUGAAAAGCCAUUCAAAUUACAGGACAAUUUUUUUGAUGGCAUGAGUAACCUCAAUGUCUUAAGCCUGAGUGGAUAUGAUAAGAACUCCAUUUGUCCUUUUCCAGCAUCCAUUAAGAGAUUAUCAAGUCUGAAGACGUUGUGUCUGAUUAAUCUAAGGUUGGAUGACAUAUCCAUUAUUGGGAAACUUGUCUCUUUAGAAGUUCUCAGCAUCAGAGAUUCUCUAUUAGAGGAGCUGCCAGUGGAGAUAGGAAAAUUGACCAAGCUGAUUAUGUUAGAGUUUUGGAAUGAGAAACCAGCACUUAAAAGGAUUUCAGCAGGGGUCUUAUCAAGUCUAGUUCAAUUGGAGGAACUACAUAUCGUGGGAGUAGAACAUUGUACUUACUCCACCUUGAGGAAACUGGAAUGCUUUAGGAAAUUGACUGCACUGACAUUAAGUUACUGUUCCAGAGAUGUGAUCUACAAUAACUUGGGCCUUCCCUCCAAGUUGACACGGUACACUCUUAAAGUAGGUGGAGCAACUUCAAGAAUGGAUGAUUACGACAAGAAUAUUGCUUUAGAGGUCACGGAGACCACCCCAUUGGGUGAUUGGAUCUGCCACCUGUUGGAGGAGAGCGAAGUUGUACAUUCAAGAGGAAAGGGCUCUAAUAAUGUGUUGACUGAGUUGCAGCUGAAUAGAUUUCAGAACGUGAAAUGUCUCCGCCUCUCUGAUUGUGAUAUAGUGACACAUUUAUUGAAGAGGACACAUGAAGCAAUUAUCAAGUUCCCCAAUUUAUAUGAGUUGCACCUUGGAUCUCUGCAUUGUCUGACUCACAUUUGCAGUGACAAUGUUGAGGGCAUUGAGUUCCCUCAAUUACGGGAAAUGGUAUUCAAUGAGUUACCUGAGUUCCAAAAUUUCUUGCCUACAACCAACAACUCCACCGACUCAAAUCCUCUUUUUGAUGAAAAGGUUUCUUGCCCCAACUUGGAAAAGCUAAUCAUCAGCAACCUUGAAAGCAUAAGUGUUCUGUGCUCUCACCACUUUGCAGCUCCAGCAAACUUCAGUGAACUUCAAACAUUGGAUGUAUGGAAUUGUGGAAAAUUGAGAAAUUUGAUGUCUCCAUCAGUUGCCAGAGGUGCUCGGAAUCUCCGAAUACUAGAGAUAGGACGUUGUCUAUUAAUGGAAGAAGUGAUCACAGAAGAGAAACAACAAGGAAAAGAAAUCAAGCCCUUAUUUCCCCUUUUGGAAAAGCUGAAGCUUUAUAGUCUGCCUAAGCUGGGGCAUUUCUUUCUGACGAAACGUGCUCUUGAAUUUUCAUUUCUCAGAGAAGUGAGUAUUACUCAAUGCCCUGAAAUGAAGAUGUUUGUCCAACAGGGAAUAUGUGUGAGUACACCGAGUCUCAAAAGUGUGAACUUUGAUUAUAAGGAGGUGAAAGUAGAUGAUCUGAAUAAAUCGAUCCAGCAGAGGUUCAAUUACAAGGAACAAAAUGCUAAUGAUGGCAACGAAACUGAAUCAAGUCGUGGCAGAAGUUUGGAAGGUAGUAAGUACUCAAUGAAAUAA